UUGAAAUUGCUUUUUGUUGGUUGACGUUUGAUUGCCAACGGUGCUAAACAUCUGUAAGUGCCAACCUGCCAAUAAUAAACUUUAAAUUUGCAUUUAAAAGGGCUGAGAGCCCCGAAAACUAAUAAAAUGACAGAAAGGACUACUAAAGAAAAAACUAUAGCGACACAUUACGCCGAAUUAAAUCGUUUUGGUCAAAAUGGAGAGUAUGAAAGAGCCUUGAAAUCAGCUAAUAAAAUUUUAGGGGUUGCUUCACAGGAAUUCCCAGCUUUCCAAUGUAAAAUCGUUUGUUUAAUUCAGUUGUCCCGUUUUGAUGAAGCCAUUUCUCUUAUGAAUAAGAACCCUCAGUUUUUGCAGGGGUUGAUUUUUGAGAAAGCCUAUAGUUAUUACCGUGCUAAUAAACCUGAAGAAGCCUUAAAAACCAUAGAAUCUAGUGAAGAAGAGCUAGAUUACCGCAUUAAAGAGUUGAAGGCUCAAAUAUUGUACAGAUUGGAAAAAUACAAUGAUUCUACAAAAAUGUACCAUGAGAUUAUUAAAAAUACUCAUAAUGAUGACUACGAGGAUGAGAGGUACACUAACCUUAGUGCAGCCAUGGUCCAUUUAAGUGCUGAAGAAACAAUUGAGACAGAAGAUUUUAGAGAGAUUACAUAUGAACAAUGUUACAAUAAGGCUUGCUUGCUAAUUGCUCAAGAAAAUUAUGCAGAUGCUGAAAAAAAAUUACGACAAUGUGAAAAAUUAUGCAGAGAGAUGCUGGAAGAGGAUGAGGCAUCUGAAGAAGAGAUUGAUAUAGAACUAGCAUUAAUCAGAAUACAGUUAGCCUAUGUGUAUCAAAAACAGGGAAGAAUCAAGGAAAGUCAACAAAUGUACAUUACAAACCUUAAACUAAAGCUAGAUGAUAGUGCUCUAAUGGCUGUUGCUAGUAAUAAUAUUGUUUGCAUUAAUAAAGACCAAAAUUUGUUUGACUCCAAGAAGAAAAUGAAAGUAGCCUUAAAUGAGGCCUUAACAUUUAAGUUGCCUUCCAAACAGAGAAAAUACAUUGCACUUAAUAAUGCAAUUCUCAACUACUAUAUUAAUCAGACUGAUCAAUGUGAAAAAGUGUGUAAGAUAAUAAAGGAAAAGUGGCCUGAGCUCCAUAUGCAAACCACAGUGCUAACUGCUUUGAAUCUUAUGAAAUCUGACAGGGUUCAAGAUGCCAUCAAUUUGCUUACAAACACCAAAACUGAUGAUAAUUUAUAUGUAAAGUUAUGUAUUGCACAAAUAUAUUUAAUGCAAGGAGAAAAACUCGAAGCCUGCAAGGUUCUAGAAAAUAUAGGAGAAGACAGUUACAAACCAGGUAUUGUCGGAGCCCUAACCACCUUGUAUCUGGGAAUUGGUGAAGAAAAAACAGCUCUUAAAGUAUUUGAAAGAACUGUUGAAUUUUACAAAAAAAAUAAGGUCAAAGGUGUAGAUUUGUCAAAUCUGUGGAGGCAAGCAGCUGAAUUCCACAUUAAAAAAGGCCUACCUCAAGUUGCUGUCAAUAGUUUAGAAGAAUUACUGAAAAACAAUAAGGAUGAUACAAAAUUAGUUGCCCAACUUAUUUUGGCUUAUGCACAGUUCAAUGAACCUCAAGCAUUGAAAUUGAGCAACCAAUUGAUUUCAAUAGAUGAAUUAUCAAAAGAUGUAGACCUUGAAGCUCUGGAAGCCACACAACUGUUGACUGUUACUUAUAACAAGAGAAGUCCUGCAUCCAAACAAGAAUCACUACCAAGCACUCCUCGUGACGAACCUGUUAAAAAAACUAGAAAACACAAGAAGCGCAAGGGAAAACUACCUAAAAACUACGAUCCUAAUACACUUCCUGACCCAGAACGUUGGUUACCGAAAUAUGAAAGAACUGGUUUUCGCAAGAAGAGAGACAGAAGAGCUAAAGAAGUUAUUAAAGGUUCCCAAGGCACAGCUUCUGGUCAAGCUGAGCAAUUUGACUUUUCAAAGUUUGUGGAUGAAUCUUCAGAUACUGGAAACUCUGUAGAUCCUUCUCCUAGAACUAAACCUGUCGUACAUGCCCAGAAACGAAAUCAGCAAAAGAAAAAGAAUAAGAGGCGAUAA